GCCUAGUCGGCCGGAGCGAAGCCGGGGACUUGCGUAUCGCGCCUCGCUGGGCCAGGGAGGGUCUGAGUCGAGCUUAACCUUUUCCUUCGAGAGUUCUACCUUGUAAAUACUGUUAUUUGUAUAUACUGUAAAUGAUGACCUCGGUGGGCACGAACCGAGCCCGGGGAAGCUGGGAGCAGGCGCAGAACCAGGCACAGCACAAGCAGCGGCCACAGGCCACUGCAGAGCAAAUCCGACUUGCACAGAUGAUAUCCGACCACAACGAUGCUGACUUUGAGGAGAAGGUGAAACAACUGAUCGACAUCACAGGCAAGAACCAGGAUGAGUGUGUGAUUGCCUUGCACGACUGCAACGGGGAUGUUAACAGAGCCAUCAAUGUGCUGUUGGAAGGGAACCCAGACACGCACUCUUGGGAGAUGGUUGGGAAGAAGAAGGGUGUUUCAGGACAAAAAGAGAGCGGACAGACGGAGCCCAGCGAAGAAGGCAAAGAGAACCGAGACAGGGAGAGAGACUUCAGCCGGCGGCGGGGCGGAUUGCCACGAAGGGGCCGAGGAACUAGCCGUGGAAGAGAGUUUCGGGGCCAGGAGAACGGACUGGAUGGUGGCAAGACGGGUGGAUCUACUGGAAGAGGCACAGAGAGAGGGCGGCGAGGGCGUGGGCGAGGCAGAGGUGGAUCUGGAAGACGGGGAGGAAGGUUUUCGGCUCAAGGCAUGGGAACGUUCAACCCCGCGGACUACGCAGAGCCCACUAGCACGGAAGAAGGUUACGGGAAUAGCACCAGCAAUACAUGGAACAACAACACUGGGAGUUUUGAGCCGGAUGACGGGACGAGAGUUGAUUACAUUAGGGGUGAGGGGUCUAAUUAUCCCCGAAAAUUUGACACUGCUCCUGGUACGAGAAAUCCAGGUGCGUGGAGGACGGCAACAGAGGAAUGGGGGACCGAGGACUGGAAUGAAGAUCUUUCCGAGACCAAGAUCUUCACUGCAUCCAACGUCUCCUCUGUGCCCCUGCCUGCAGAAAAUGUGACCAUCACGGCUGGACAGAGAAUUGACCUGGCUGUGCUGUUAGGAAAGACCCCUUCCUCUCUGGAGAAUGAAUCACCCAACCUGGAUUCCUCGCAGGCGCCGACUCUCAGCCAGCCGUUGGUGUUCAGCAAUUCGAAGCAGAGUGCUAUAUCCCAGCCCAGUUCGGGGAACACCUUCUCCCACCAUGGCAUGGUCAGCAUGCUGGGAAAGGGGUUCAGCGAGGUUGGCGAGGCCAAAAGCAGCACCGGUGGCAGUGCCGCCGCUGCCACCACCACCACCACCGGCUCGCAGUUCCUGGAGCAGUUCAAGACCGCCCAGGCUCUGGCUCAGCUGGCAGCUCAACAUCCCCAGCCAUCCAGCGGCAGCAGCACAGCCACCUCCUGGGAUACCAGCACCACGAGCCAAUCCUCGUCGCUUGUGCAGUACGAUCUGAAGAACCCCUCGGAACCCGCCGUGCACAGCCCGUUUGCGAAGCGCCAGGCCUUCCCGGCCCCAUCCACCAUGAUGGAUGUGUUCCUGCAGGAAAAGCAGCCUGUGGUGACCGCCUCUGUCACAGCCCCACCACCCCCGUCAUCCCCCCUGGCCAGCAAAACCAACCCCGCUCCCCAGAUGUCCCCGGGCUCCUCAGACAACCAGUCCUCGAGUCCCCAGCCAGCUCAGCAGAAAUUGAAACAGCAGAAGAAGAAAGCCUCCUUGACAUCAAAGAUUCCCGCUCUGGCGGUGGAGAUGCCCGGCUCCGCGGAUAUCUCGGGGCUCAACUUGCAGUUUGGGGCGUUGCAGUUUGGGUCAGAGCCUGUCCUUUCGGAGUACGAAUCGACGCCUUCCACGAGCACCUCUGUGAGCCAGCCUCCAAGCAGCCUGUACACGAGUACUGCAAGUGAAUCUCUGUCCACGAUAUCGUCCAAUAAGAGCCAGGAGCCGGGUUACCAGAGCUGCACCAUACCUACAGCAACAUAUACCUCCCAGAACAGCGCUCAGGGACCACUGUACGAGCAGAGAUCUACUCAGACUCGGCGGUACCCAAACUCCAUUUCCUCCUCGCCCCAAAAAGACUUGACCCAGGCCAAGAAUGGCUUCAGCUCGGUGCCGCCCACGCAGUUGCAAACCACGCAGUCAGCUGAAGGUUCUGCAGGCCCUGCUGUGAAAUCUGACUCCCCCUCUGCCCCCAGCAUUGCGACCCCUCUCAACGACACUGUGUCUGCGGCAUCCUUGCUUACCACGGCUACCCAGCACUCCUCCGUGCUCAGCAGUCUGAAUCACACUGAGGAGCUCCCUAGCACGGCCACCACGCAACACAGCAGCACGUUGCCCGCCCAGCAGAACAGCCUGUCAUCAUCAACCUCCUCUGGCCGCACGUCAACUUCCACCCUCUUGCACGCCAGCGUGGAAAGUGACGCUGGGCUCCAUUCUUCCGCAAGCACUUUCUCCACCUCCUCCAGCACCGUCUCAGCCGCGCCGCCCGUGGUCAGUGCCUCCUCGAACCUGAGCAGCGUCAGCAGCCUUGGCCUGAGCCUCAGCAGUAACUCCACGGUGACGGCCACAACCCGCAGCUCCGUUGCCACGACAUCAGGGAAGGCUCCUCCCAACCUGCCUCCAGGCGUGCCGCCGUUGCUGCCGAACCCGUACAUCAUGGCUCCAGGGCUGUUGCACGCCUACCCGCCUCAAGUUUACGGCUAUGAUGACCUACAGAUGCUUCAGACAAGGUUCCCCCUGGACUACUACAGCAUCCCGUUCCCCACCCCGACCACACAGCUUACUGGAAGGGACGCCAGCCUGAGCAGCAACCCUUACUCUGGUGACCUCACGAAGUUUGGCCGAGGCGACGCCUCUUCCCCUGCGCCAGCAACAACCCUGGCCCAGCCUCAGCAGAACCAGACGCAGACACACCACACCACCCAGCAGACGUUCCUGAACCCGGCCCUCCCGCCCGGCUACAGCUACACCAGCCUGCCGUAUUAUACCGGCGUCCCGGGGCUGCCCAGCACCUUCCAGUAUGGGCCAGCUGUGUUCCCCGUGGCUCCUACUUCUUCCAAGCAGCAUAGCGUCAAUGUCAGUGUGAAUGCCUCGGCCACCCCCUUCCAGCAGCCCAGCGGGUAUGGCUCCCACGGGUACAGCACUGGCGUGUCAGUAACAUCUAGUAACACGGGAGUGCCAGACAUUUCUGGCUCUGUCUACUCCAAAACGCAGCAGUCAUUUGAGAAGCAGGGAUUUCACACUGGAACCCCAGCCGCCUCCUUCAACCUGCCGUCGGCACUGGGCAGCGGCGGCCCCAUCAACCCUGCCACCGCUGCAGCAUAUCCGCCGGCCCCGUUCAUGCACAUCCUGACGCCGCAUCAGCAGCCACACUCCCAGAUCUUGCAUCACCACCUGCAGCAGGAUGGGCAGUCGAUUCUGUACUUCCAACGCCAGCAGGAAGACCAGAGCGGCACUGGUCAGCGCAGCCAGGGCACUUCGAUCCCGCAGAAAUCACAGGCAAACAAGUCCGCCUACAACAGCUACAACUGGGGCGCCAAUUGAGGGGGGCGGCGGCUCAGAGGCGACUCUACACACUUCAACCAAGAGACGGACGGAUGGACGGACGGACGGAAGGAAGGAAGGAAGAACGACAGCGACCUAAUCAAGAAGGAAGGAUACCCCCCUUUCCCCACGGGGAAGAGCUCCCCCUGCCCUCGGCACGGCCCUGCAACAGCCCUGGCAAACCCAGCCAGCACGGCUGGGCUUGCCGUUCUUCCCUCGACCCCAACUUCCCCCUAUUGUAUGUAAUAUAGAAUUUGUAUCUUUUUUCUUUUUUCUCUGCAUUCAUUCAGAUUACGAGCCGUUCAGCUGUAGGGGCCUUUUAUUUUGUUUUGUUUUUCUACUCCUUCACUCCUCCUCUUUCCCCCUCCAAAAAUAAAUAAAUAAAAAAGUACCGCCUGGCGGAUCCAAAGGAGUCAACAUCUGGAAUCCUCUUCCCCCUCCCCUCCCCGCCUACAAUGCCCUCCUUUAUUAUUAGGAAUAAGAUCAGUAAUUGAUAUGAACCGCAUUGUAAGAUUAAUUAGUUGAAGUGUUUUUUUUGUACUGUGUUCUAAAUUUAAUGGAUAAAUGUGUCUUGUAUAUAAAAAUGAAAAUCCCAACUCUG